AUAAAUAAAGGAUUUAUAAAUAGUCAGAGGACAACAACAAGCUUUGAAUCAUUACAAAGCAUUUUAUUAUUUAUAUUUAAUUUAUAGUAAAUUUAUUCUUAACUCAAAAUUUAUUAAUGGUUAAAUUAUUUUGUCACUUGCAAUUUUAUUAAAAAAAUCAAAAUGUUUGCAUUUAACAUGUUCCCGAGACCCUUCAACACCCAAUACAAAUGUUUUUCAGUCUCAAUGUUCCCAGGAAACGAGAGACAAGAUGUAGAACGUGGAGGAAAAAUAAUUAUGCCACCUUCAGCAUUGGAGCAGCUCACUCGAUUAAAUAUAGUCUAUCCGAUGUUAUUUAAGUUAACUAAUAAAAAGACUAAUCGUGUGACCCACUGUGGUGUCUUGGAGUUCGUAGCAGAUGAGGGAAAAGUUUACCUUCCAUAUUGGAUGAUGCACAACUUAUUGCUGGAAGAGAGUGAAAUAAUAAACAUCGAGAGCGUAUCAUUGCCAGUGGCGACUUACGCACGCUUCCAGCCUCAGUCUGAAGAUUUCCUGGACAUUACAAACCCGAAAGCAGUUUUAGAAAAUGGACUGCGUAGCUUCGCGUGCUUGACUACCGGAGAUAUCGUUGCCAUUCAGUAUAAUCAGAGGAUCUACGAGAUGUGUGUCUUGGAAACUAAGCCUGGACCAGCGGUUUCUAUCAUUGAGUGCGAUAUGAACGUUGAAUUUGCUCCGCCAGUUGGUUACAAAGAGCCUCAGCGAGAAGAGAAGAAGCCACAGGAGGACCAAAUUGAUCCUACUGAUUUAAUGCCUGAGUCGACUGGAUUUUUUGCUUUUCAGGGUCAGGGCAAUAGGCUGGAUGGUAAAAAACGCAAAGAUUCCGGUCCAUCAGAAAUCCAAGUUCCUAAACCAGUUUAUGUUCGGGGAAUUCCUGAUUACGAUUAUAAAAUUGGAACACUUAACUUUUUACGUAAUAUCAAGUCCAUCAACACUAAUAAAGAUGAAAAAAAUACUGAUGAAUUCAAAGCCUUUACUGGUGAAGGUUUUUCACUUCGCAAAUCAAGGAAAUAAUUAUUAGUUUAAUUUUCUAAUAAUAAGUAAUAAAUAAAAAUUAUUUAAGGUAUUUUUUAAAGUAAAUUAAAUUUUCAUUAAAUAGUCACUUGGUUUUAUUUUUAUAAAAGCUCUACAGUUGUGUAUUGGUAGGUGAUAUUUUUGUCUAUUGUUACUAAUCAAUUUUUUUUUUUUUUUUUUUUU